GCAGUAAGCGUCACCUUUGCGGCAAUAAGUCCCCCAGCUCGGUUAUCUCCAUGGCGACCGCGACCCGGUCACCCAUUUGGCUACCGAGGCCGGAGUUACGUCAUCGCCUUGCGCAGCCCGGAAGUGAUUGUCCCUGCUUCUGAGUAGGCCGGGAAGUCCAGACCUUCCAUCUCGGGCCGAGUUAAGCAAACUGAUGAAGUGUCCACCCCGUGACUAUGGCGGUGUUUCACGAUGAGGUGGAGAUCGAGGACUUUCAAUAUGACGAGGACUCGGAGACCUAUUUCUACCCCUGUCCCUGUGGGGAUAACUUCUCCAUCACCAAGGAAGAUUUGGAGAAUGGAGAAGAUGUGGCAACGUGUCCUAGCUGCUCUCUCAUUAUAAAAGUGAUUUAUGACAAAGAUCAGUUUAUGUGUGGAGAAACAGUCCCAGCACCUUCAGGCAACAAAGAGUUAGUUAAAUGCUGAAGAAGCCCCCAGGAACCCAAAUCCUGAGCAGCAGGGAAGGAGCCCAGGUGGAUGGAUCAAGUGCUGAGUAGACAAGCUCUUCACAGGACAGCUGUCUGUGGCUGGCUCUUCCAUGUGGAUCUUCAUCAGCCGCCGAAUUCAUCAUAAACACACGAGCCUGUGACGUGUCAGACCUGGAUUUCCUGUUCCCAUGGAAUGGGCAGGAUUCCUAAUUGUCCGUCUGAGUUUGAAGGAAGAGCCAUAUAAACUGGUGCUUUUCCUUUCUCUCAGUUGCAUCAUUUCAGUAUCUUAAAACUAAUUUAUUUUCUGAAAACAGCCUCGUCCACUUCAAUCCUGAGGCUCUUUAUUUUAUAAAGAUUUAUUAUUUUAUUUUUA